AUGCGGACUAUCUUGCAGCCCGAGCUCACGUCUACACGACUGGAAUUGGUCGAUCGACCGGUUCCCAUCGCCAACCCCGAUGCGGACGAGCAUCUCAUUCGCGUGCAUUGCACGGCUCCAUGUGCCGGAGAGCUCUUCUGGCCAUCGAUCGUCUCAGUGCCCAACAAAGAGCCGGUACCCUGCGACGACGUGGCCGGCACCGUCGUGACCGCGCCGCCCAACUCGCCCUUUCGACCCGGCGACGAGGUCUACGCGCGCAGCACCUACUUCCGCCCCGGCUGCGCGCGCGACUACACGGUGAUCGUGACCGACGAGCUGGCGCACCGGCCGCAGAAUCUCAGCUGGGUGGAAUCGGCCGCCACGCCGCUCUCCGCGGAGACGGCGUGGCAGGCGUUGUUCGAACAGUCGGGCAUUGGCGGCUUCGACAGCGCAGCUUGGAAAAAUAAGCGCAUUCUCGUGACGGCAGCGUCGGGCGGCGUAGGCACCUGGUUGUUGCAGCUGGGAAGCAUCGUGGGCGCGCAGGUCAUCGGCACGUGCGGACCCACCAACAUGGAACUGGUCAAGGCCUUCGGCGCCGCUGAGGUCCUCAAUUACCGCGCCGACUCAUUAAGGGAGUGGGGACAGAAUGCAGCGAACAAGGUCGAUCUAGUCGUUGACUGCGUCGGGGGGAAGUCACUCGAGGACGCCUGGUGGUGCGUUCGCGACGGCGGCGUCCUCAUCAGUAUCUACCAGGCACCGGAUAAAUUGCGCCCGACCGAAGUCACAGUACAGGGCGUGAAGGAGAUAUUUUUCAUCAUGAAGCCGCGUCGGUCGGACCUGGAGGAAAUUACCAAGCUGGUGGAGACGGGCAAGUGUCGCCCGCUGGUCGACAGCGUGUGGCCGUUAGAGCAGUUUCAGGAGGCCUUCGAUCGCCUCGGAAGUGGCCACGCGCGAGGAAAAGUAGUGCUGGAUCUGAAGUUGAAUUCGCCCCGGGAUUAA